UAUGGUGRACAGAAAUAACACUUUUCUGCAAGUUURACAGAAAAUGGAGUUUUCUGUYAUCAAAACGAAUGGAGCAACACCUGCAAAGCGUGCAUACCAUUCUUGCUCAGCUGUUGGAAAUGCUUUGUUCGUAUUCGGUGGAAUUGGCGAGGAUAAACAUGUUUUGAAUGAUUUGGAUAGGUAUGAUAUCGAGUCAAACUCCUGGUCAAAAAUUGACAGCGCUCAACCUUCGUCUUUUACAACACCUCAGGKCUCUCGGAGUUUUUCCAAAGGAAAUSUCUGUGUAGCUCCAUCAUUAAGUCAUCAUACAGCUACGGUUGURAAAGAUCGCUAUAUAUUUAUUAUAGGUGGCUGGAACGGYAAGAAAAGAGUUUYCGAGGUCUACUGUUUUGACGUCACGGAUUCAACUUGGCGACGCAUCCCAGAAAGUGGGGACGUCCCAGUUGGAUUGAGCUCACAUACCGCAACUCUUUUAUCAUCUAAAGAUAUCCUCAUCGUAGGAAGGGAGGGAGGUGUGCGUACGCAAAGRCGWUUUUCAGGUGCAUUUAACUUAAACAUAGAAACAGGACGYUACACAGAAGCACCCUUUCACACUGCGUCUCGUUCAGGGCACACUUCCAACCUCAUCCACGUGAGAAACAGUAAAGAAUUGUAUUUAUUAGUSUUUGGAGGACGUAAAAGUGGUAGUUACGAACUAUUAGGGCGAUGGAAUCAUAAGGAAAARCAUCACCAAAUAAUCUCUAUUUCCAAGGGUGAAAAACUGUUAGUCAACUGUACGUCUUGUAGCGAUGAGCCUGAUGGACGACAGCACUGUCARUGCRUUGAGAUAGGYAAUAGAUAUUUGAUGUUCUUUGGAGGUGAAAAGUGGAGUGGUGUACGAGAAAACGUUACCAACGAGGCCUACRUACUAGAUACUCAUAAAAUGACCUGGCACACUGUACCAGUAAACGAGAAUAUUCCAAAGCUUGUUGGACAUACAAUGUGUGCAGUGGGAGACAAAAUACUGGUGUUUGGAGGGAAUUUUCWAAACAAACCCUGUAAUACCUUAUGGCUUGUGGACUUCAUAUAGCUGUAGGGUUAGUUUGAAUUACAAAAACACUGAUCUUCUAAAUAGAAGGAAAGUCAUAAAUUUUAUGAUUCAAAGGUUAUUAUAAAUAAAAAAAYUCUGGAUCCAAAUAAUAUUGUGUAAUGUUUUGUUAUCUAUCCGUAGAUGUACCUUGUUUGUACGAGCAUAAAAAAUCAUAGUGCGCUCUUGGUUUUUAGCUAGUGACCAAACUUGACUCAGACAUGCAUCA